AUGCACUUCCACCCCGAAGUCGUCUUCCUUGGGGGGCUCGGCCUCCUCAUGGGCGCCAGCAGCUCCCCGCUCCCCUCCCGCCCCUCCACCCCGCUCCCCGAGGACUCUGCCGUGGCCCUCAGCCCUAAUACCACCACCGGUAACCCCCUCCCCGACCUAACUCAUCUCACCAUCACCCCCCGCGAGAAGGACACCAACGUGGAGAUCGUCUGCCACAACCACGUCUUCACCCGUGACCACGUCAAGGCCGCCGUCAAGCAGGCCAAGCGCAUCCACGAGGCCAAGGAGGAGCACCCGCACGACUACGCCGAGUUCCCCAAGCCCCUGGACCGCCGCGCCAGCGAUCUGUUCAAGAAGCCCGACGAACUGUUCCAGUUCCCGCUCGUGGCCGACGGCGUCUACGACGGCAAGGCCGAUGUGACCGGGUGCGAGUUCGUGAUCGUCGACAAGAACUUGAGGUGUAAGGGGGCGGUGCGGUACUAUGAUGACCAUGGGGAGGACAAGGGCCAUGCGGAUGCGUGCUAUGCGCGGAAGCGGAAGGAUAAGGAUGGGACGGGCAAGGGCAAGGGCAAGGAUAAGGAGAAGCGUAAGGGUGGUGGCGGCGCGGGCGGCGGCGGUGGUCAUGCCAGCGGUCAUGCCAGUGGUGGCCAUGGUGGUGGCCGGACAGGUGUCAUCGUUGCUGGUGGUGCCCAUGGGGCUGACGAGGGGAAUUACGAUAUCGACAGCCGAGAGCUCGCCGUCGGCGAAACCCCAGGCAAAACGUCGGCGAUAUCCUCCGCGCCCUUCACCCCGCAACCCUGGAAGGUCUGCUCUGAGCAGGACAUCACGGAAGUAGCAGCAGCAGCAGCAGCGCAAGCAAGCGCGCAAGCGACAUAUAAAGCGCCCCAUCUCCCCGGUGGCAAGACUCUCCUCGAAGCCAUCCAAUCCAGGAGUAUCACAAUGAAGCUCACCACUACCACCCUGGCGCUCGCCACCGGCGCAGCAGCAGCAGAAGCCUCAUACCACCUGGACACCACGGCCCCGCCGCCGACCAACCUCAGCACCCUCCCCAACAACACCCUCUUCUACGUGUGGCGGCCGCGCGCGCACAUCCUGCCCGCCGAGGGCCAGAUCGGCGACCCCUGCGCGCACUACACCGACCCAUCCACCGGCCUCUUCCACGUGGGGUUCCUGCACGACGGGGACGGCAUCGCGGGCGCCACCACGGCCAACCUGGCCACCUACACCGACACCUCCGAUAACGGGAGCUUCCUGAUCCAGCCGGGCGGGAAGAACGACCCCGUCGCCGUGUUCGACGGCGCCGUCAUCCCCGUCGGCGUCAACAACACCCCCACCUUACUCUACACCUCCGUCUCCUUCCUGCCCAUCCACUGGUCCAUCCCCUACACCCGCGGCAGCGAGACGCAGUCGUUGGCCGUCGCGCGCGACGGCGGCCGCCGCUUCGACAAGCUCGACCAGGGCCCCGUCAUCGCCGACCACCCCUUCGCCGUCGACGUCACCGCCUUCCGCGAUCCGUUUGUCUUCCGCAGUGCCAGGUUGGAUGUGCUGCUGUCGUUGGAUGAGGAGGUGGCGCGGAAUGAGACGGCCGUGCAGCAGGCCGUCGAUGGCUGGACCGAGAAGAACGCCCCCUGGUAUGUCGCGGUCUCUGGCGGGGUGCACGGCGUCGGGCCCGCGCAGUUCCUCUACCGCCAGAACGGCGGGAACGCUUCCGAGUUCCAGUACUGGGAGUACCUCGGGGAGUGGUGGCAGGAGGCGACCAACUCCAGCUGGGGCGAUGAGGGCACCUGGGCCGGGCGCUGGGGGUUCAACUUCGAGACGGGGAAUGUGCUCUUCCUCACCGAGGAGGGCCAUGACCCCCAGACGGGCGAGGUGUUCGUCACCCUCGGCACGGAGGGGUCUGGCCUGCCCAUCGUGCCGCAGGUCUCCAGUAUCCACGAUAUGCUGUGGGCGGCGGGCGAGGUCGGGGUGGGCAGUGAGCAGGAGGGUGCCAAGGUCGAGUUCUCCCCCUCCAUGGCCGGGUUUCUGGACUGGGGGUUCAGCGCCUACGCUGCGGCGGGCAAGGUGCUGCCGGCCAGCUCGGCGGUGUCGAAGACCAGCGGCGUGGAGGUGGAUCGGUAUGUCUCGUUCGUCUGGUUGACGGGCGACCAGUACGAGCAGGCGGACGGGUUCCCCACGGCCCAGCAGGGGUGGACGGGGUCGCUGCUGCUGCCGCGCGAGCUGAAGGUGCAGACGGUGGAGAACGUCGUCGACAACGAGCUGGUGCGCGAGGAGGGCGUGUCGUGGGUGGUGGGGGAGUCGGACAACCAGACGGCCACGCUGCGCACGCUGGGGAUCACGAUCGCCCGGGAGACCAAGGCGGCCCUGCUGGCCAACGGCUCGGUGACCGCGGAGGAGGACCGCACGCUGCAGACGGCGGCCGUCGUGCCGUUCGCGCAAUCGCCGAGCUCCAAGUUCUUCGUGCUGACGGCCCAGCUGGAGUUCCCCGCGAACGCGCGCUCGUCCCCGCUCCAGUCCGGGUUCGAAAUCCUGGCGUCGGAGCUGGAGCGCACGGCCGUCUACUACCAGUUCAGCAAUGAGUCGCUGGUCGUCGACCGCAGUCAGACCAGUGCGGCAGCGCCCACGAACCCCGGGCUGGAUAGCUUUACUGAGUCCGGCAAGUUGCGGUUGUUCGACGUGAUCGAGAACGGCCAGGAGCAGGUCGAGACGUUGGAUCUCACUGUCGUCGUGGAUAACUCGGUUGUCGAGGUGUAUGCCAACGGGCGCUUUGCGUUGAGCACCUGGGCGAGAUCGUGGUACGACAACUCCACCCAGAUCCGCUUCUUCCACAACGGCGAGGGCGAGGUGCAGUUCAGGAAUGUUUCCGUGUCGGAGGGGCUCUAUAACGCCUGGCCGGAGAGAAAUUGA